AUGGUGCGUCUGCUGAUGACGGCGCUGCUGGUGACCGCGUUUCGCGUGCCGAAGCAUUUACUACCUCCUAACGCCCUCCUUCGACCAGCAAGUUACUUGAAAGGAGGCAGCGGCAGGCGGCGCCCGGAUUGCGAGUUCAUUGCUCGCUUAGCUGCCGAUGCAUAUUCUAGUUGGCCAGCCGUGGUUGCGGUGUCGGAUCAGCUGAACGCGUCUAUUAUACUUCAUCUCGGCACGAAGGCCAAGACUUCGGCGAACCUGCCUGCGGGCCGGCAGCCGUUGUCUCCGGCGAUGGAUCGCACGCAGGUGGUGCAAGUGCUCUCCUCGCACCUUCAACUUCCGAAAGUAGUCGACCUUUGCGCUCCCUGCUGUCCGCAUCACCGCCACCGUCUCUCUUUGAGCUUAUUGGCGUUUGUUUGUCGGUCGCCUCUGGUCGACCGCCCGGGGACGGAAAAACCGAAGUCGCAACAAACAGUAGAUUGCUACUGCAUUAAGAACGAACGAUUCGCUGGAAUUGUAAACAUCAUCCGCAAGGCUAUGAGACUGACGACAGUGAACAGUGAUGUUCUGACGGCCCCGCGCAGUGGCGAGCCGGUGGUCAGCGGUUUCGCUUGCUGGACGAUCGAUGUGACCCUACGCUGGCCAUGUAAUGUUCAUCAUGACCGGUCUCAUCUCACGGAUUUCAGAACUGCGUUCGGUACUUUGAUGAAUUCGAGCAGCUGUCGGUUGAGGUCACAAGACGCAGCUCCUGAUUUGCGCUUCGAAACCACCGACUCGUUCUCGCAGCAGCCGAUAACGUACUCGUUCUUUCGAUCGUCCCUUUCGGGGCAUGAAUGUCGGCAGUCGAGUCGGACGAUGGAUGAGGAAAACGAUUUGAUCGAGCUGCUGACCCUUCUUCGAAUCCUCAGUUAG